GAUAACACGCCAAAAUCCACCUCUGGUGCAACAUGCAAAUGGCCGGCUGCUUAUGAAACCGAGGCCAUAGAUUGGCCACUGUUCUCACCAGAUCUUAACCCCAUUGAACAUCUCCACUGGCUCUUGAAGCAGAAGACAGUUGCACUAGAGUAUUUUGUCGACUGUGCCCAGAGGGCUUGGAGAGAGAUUCCUGAGGAAAUGAUCAAUGACCUCAUCACCAGCGUACCACGACAGAUUCAAGCUAUUGUUCGAGCUACUGGCUGGCAGACGAAGUAUUGGGGUAUUCCAUAUAGGCAGUUAAAGCUGGAUGAUAGUCGCUUGAAAGAGUGA